GAUUUACCGCACUGUAACUAGCGACGUCGAGAGUCAAUUGACUACGUUCUCGUAAUUUCUUAAUCAUCGAUUUGCUACGAGCAAGUGCGGGGAGAUAACGAGUAGCUUCAAAGCUAACACCAGUACUUAUUCCCCAACUCUGCGAAACGUUGCUCAAAAAGCUUUCCACACUGUCUUUCACUCAACUUGUAAUCAACUCGUGCCAUUGGAAAAUGUCGUUUCUCGAGCUUGAGGGACUACAUGCCUUCGUUACAGGAGCAACCGGUGGCAUUGGCUCUGCAAUAGUAGAAGAACUCCUCGCCAGCGGAUGCAAAGUAACUGCUCACGAUCUUCGCCCUUCUGCAUUACCUUCUCAGCCCAAUCUAUAUGUACUGCAAGGCGACAUGAGUGACGAGAGCUCAAUCUCCAAGUCCUUCUCGGAUGCUGUUGCCCACUUCGGACCCAUAAACGUUCUUGCUGCCAAUGCGGGAAUAACAGAUGAAUCUAACGCUUAUCCCAUAUGGUCUACCCCCCUUGAUCUUUGGGAGCGCACCUACGCCGUCAAUGUACGCGGAACCUUUCUCACCAUCAAGCAUUUCUUGCAAUCCGUCGAUUCCGCCCAGCAACGAGACAGCGGGCGGGAAUUGAAGAACGUGAGCAUCGUGGUUACUGGAAGCGAAACAGGCGUGUUUGGGCAAGCGGGCCACGUGGAGUAUGCAAGUGGCAAGGCUGGUCUUCAGUAUGGGCUCGUCAAGACGGUGAAGAAUGAGAUCGUGAGGUUGAAUUCGAGGGCGAGGAUAAAUGCUGUGGCGCCGGGCUGGGUAGACACUCCGUUGAUAGAGGGUCGCCUAGACGAUCCAAAAGAGAUGUGGAGGGAGGCACAGGCUACUGUACCAUUGAGAAAGAUUGCUAAGCCUACUGACGUAGCACGGGCAGCUGCCUUCCUGGCUUCUCAUCGAGCUGCAGGACAUAUUUCAGGCCAAUGCAUCUCAGUGGAUGGGGGGAUGGAGGGUCGAAUUGUGUGGAGUGAGGAGGAGAUCCACAAAACCGCCAACACCGAGUCGAAAACACAAAUGAAAAGUACAGAGGGCUCAUCAUCGGCAAUACCGCAGUCACUAGUCCUCCCUACUAAGUCGCUCCCAAAGAUCAAAGUACUAAUAUCAGUCGACUUUGAUGCUGUAUCAGGCUGGUUAGGAACUGGAGCCCAUCCAGACAACAACCUCGCAGACUACAGUACUGGGUUCUUCGCUGGACAUGUUGGCGUACCUAGAUUAUUGAAACUGUUCAAGAGGAUUGGUAUACAGGAAAAAGUCACUUGGUUCGUUCCCAUGCAUUCUGCAGAAAGCUUUCCAGAGGAGUUCAAGGGCAUCAUGGACAGUGGGGCUGAGAUCGGUCUACACGGAUACGCUCAUGAGGGAGCACCCCAACUGACCUUAGAACAAGAAGUCGAAGUCUUAACCCAUUGUAUCGAACUCUGCACAAAACUUACCGGUCGCAAGCCCACAGGCUAUCGAGCGCCGCUCUACCAACUCCGCGAAUCUACCAUCGCCCUACUCGAAAAGCACUCCUUCCUAUACGACUCCUCGCUCUCCCACCACGACUCACGUCCAUACUACCUCCCCAAUAUUCCACCCAUCAAAGCUCCGGACUACGUCCCAUCUACCUCCGCCCUAGAUUGGAUGCACCCCGUACCCAAACCCGCACCACCAACUCCAUCCACCCUCGUUGAGAUACCAGGAAACUGGUAUGUGGAAGAUAUGACACCACUACAGUACUACCCCAACACACCCAAUUCCCAGGGCUACGUCGACGUGCGCACCAUCGAGCAGAUGUGGAAAGACAAGUUCGAAUGGAUCCGCGGGGAGAGAGACGAGUUGGGCGAGGGAGACACGAUGGUCUUCCCGCUCGUGCUGCAUCCCGAUACGAGUGGCAUGGCACAUGUCAUUGGGAUGGUAGAGAGGAUGUUGAAGUGGUUCAAGGGGUGGGGGGAGGAUGAGGUCGAGUUCUGCACUUUUGAGGAGGUGGCUAGGGAGUGGAAGGGGAAGAACCCUGUGGAGGGGUAAAUGUGUGACAGAGCUGAAUGGAUUACGUUGAGUACUAUGGAGAUGAACGGUUAUGAUCAUCUUCAUAUUUUCAAUGUGCCCAGAAUAUUCUUCUGCACUUGAUUCAUUACACAUCGAAGGAAUACUUGCGCUAGUUCGCUCGAAUCAGAAUUGGAUCAUAGACCUGCAAGAAGAAACCCUUUCAAAGAGAUCUCCUGUAUCC